CAGCCCCAGGAGCAGAAUCUCGGUUCUUUUCUUGUCGGCCUCCGCAGGCGGACGAGCCCCCAACGGGAGACCAGCCUGGGGCUGUUCAGGGCUCGGGACCCAGACUUGCUGGCGGGAGUGGGUGGCGCCCCGGCGAGAAGCGCCAGGAACGGGGCCCUCCAGCUGGCGGGGGCUCUCCAGCGGCUGGGCCCAUGGCAGCGGCGUCCCCGGCGCCCCGCUGCGAGCGGCUCCCCACCCUGGGCGCCUCUUUGGGGCCGGAGCGGCUGCGGCCCCUGGGUGCGCUGGGCCACGGGGGGGGCCGGCGGGGAGCCGCCGAGCCGGCCGGACAGCGAGGAGCUGCUGACGGCGGCGGAGAAGCGAAUCGUGGCGCUGCACCGGGACGCCUGCGCGGCUGGCCUGCAAAACUAUGUGGAUCCAGUUACUGGCUAUUUAGUGUUCACCAAAGUUGCCCACUUGCAGAGAGGUAAAUGCUGUGGUUCUGCAUGCAGACAUUGUCCAUAUGAUCAAGCUAACGUAAAAGACCCGUCCAAAAAGAAGCGGUUCAAUUCAUUUUUUUUUACUUGACGAUCAGUCCGUAUGCCAUCUACGAUGAAGACUGUAGAAACCUAAGCCAGGAUCAGUUCUUUGUGGCUUCGACUCCAUGAAUAUUAGCAUUCCUGUUAUUGAUGCUGGGUUAUUUGAAUACAUUUCAAUUGUAAUAAAAAACAAGCUAAACCGUG